UUCCAGUCACCACCUUCCAACUGGCUGUUUUGCUUCCCCAACUUUCUAUAUAUAUCACCACACCACGUUCCUGUCAAUUACACAAACACAUUAAACACAUUCAUCGAUUUAUUACACACACAGACAGCUAUAUACAAGUGGGGAUGGAUAAUUUGACGCUCACCGGUUUGUUAAAGCGAGCCGCCGGGAAGUUUCCGGAGCGGCGGGCGAUAUCGGUGUCCGGCGAGUUUGAUUUGACGCAUGCUCGGUUGGAUGAGCUGAUUGAGCAAGGCGCUUCUCGGCUUGUUGCGGCCGGGGUUAAGCCUGGCGAUGUUGUCGCUCUCACUUUCCCCAACACUGUUGAGUUCAUCAUUAUGUUUUUGGCUGUGAUUCGAGUUCGAGCAACGGCAGCCCCGCUUAAUGCAGCCUACACAUCUGAGGAGUUUGAGUUCUACUUAUCUGACUCAGAGUCAAAACUCUUAAUAACUUCAAAACAAGGAAAUGAAUCAGCUCAAGCUGCAGCUUCAUCACUGAAGAUCCCGCAUGUCACAGCCAUUCUUCCUCAAGCUAACUCAGAAAUUACACUCUCUACAUCUCAAUCCGAGUCGAACUCGGUCUCAGAAAUCAUCAACCAAUCAUCAGACAUCUCUCUAUUUCUCCACACAUCAGGUACUACUAGUCGACCUAAAGGCGUGCCACUUAGUCAACUCAACUUGGCUUCAUCUGUGCAAAACAUCAUAUCGGUUUACAAACUUACAGAGUCAGACUCGACUGUGAUUGUUCUUCCGUUAUUCCAUGUCCACGGUUUGAUCUGCGGGUUACUGAGUUCACUCGUAGCUGGAGCUGCUGUAACGCUACCAUCCGCUGGUAGAUUUUCUGCCUCAACUUUCUGGGCAGACAUGAAAAAUUAUAAUGCUACGUGGUACACAGCUGUCCCUACAAUACAUCAAAUCAUAUUAGAUCGUCACUCGGUCAAACCUGAAACCGAUUACCCGAAGCUCCGUUUUAUUCGGAGCUGUAGUGCUUCGCUCGCCCCAGUAAUAUUGGAGAGACUUGAGGAAGCAUUCAAGGCCCCAGUUCUGGAGGCUUAUGCAAUGACAGAGGCUACCCAUUUGAUGUGUUCAAACCCGUUACCUGAAAAUGGGCCGCAUAUCCCCGGCUCGGUUGGAAAAGCUGUAGGUCAAGAAAUGGCUAUUUUAAAUGAAAAUGGGAUUGAACAAGAAGCUGGAGCGAAUGGAGAGGUCUGUAUCAGGGGUCCAAAUGUGACAAAAGGUUAUAAAAAUAACCCGGAAGCAAACAAAACUGGCUUUCAGUUCGGUUGGUUCCAUACUGGAGAUAUUGGUUAUUUGGAUUCAAACGGAUAUUUGCAUCUAGUUGGAAGAAUCAAGGAGCUUAUCAAUCGUGGAGGUGAGAAGAUAUCUCCAAUUGAAGUCGACUCCGUUCUCCUGUCUCAUCCGAACAUAGCUCAAGCAGUUUGCUUCGGAGUGCCUGACGACAAAUAUGGAGAAGAGAUAAAUUGUGCCGUCAUUCCACAAGAAGGAACAGACCUUGAUGAAGCAGAAGUGUUGAGGUUCUGCAAGAAGAAUCUUGCAGCUUUCAAAGUGCCAAAGAAGGUUUUUAUUACAGACUCUGUUCCUAAGACUGCCACAGGGAAAAUCCAAAGGAGGAUUGUUGCAGAGCACUUCCUUUCUCUAAUCUCUACUGCUAAAGUGCCGAAAUUCGGAGCCUAGACUAGAUCAAUCUCAUAUCCAACUCUUAAAAAUUGCAGUCCUUGGGGUGGAAUAAAGUGCUAUUCAUUAAAACGUGAACAAUGUGCUUAGCAAAAAAGAAAAAAAUUGUGAUCGAAAUUUUUGUGUUCACAAUAUUUGUAGACGUUAAUUGAUAUCUAUGGUGUGAACUGUUUCAA